AUGCAGGCACUAGAACUUCCUAGCAUGGCUCGCAAACGCAAAAGCAAUGUCGGCGCGACAGAGGAAUACUUGUGGCGACCGGAAGACCUGGCCUACGUGAAGUGGAUGAAUGCGGAACUUGCAUCAGGGAGACCUACCACGAAGCCCCUUCGUAACGUCCAUGCCACCGGCUCAACGCCAGCGCAAUCGACCGUCAAUCCGCAUCGCACUCAAGGUCCACACGUGACCGACUACGACACUGACGAGGAUUUUCCGGAGAAGGACUCUGAGGACGAGGAUCUGGAGCAAGGGUCGGACGGGGAACAUCCCGUUGCUGCAUGGCAUGGGGACGUUCAGUACAACGGUCCGGCUGAGCAGACCGCGAACGCCACCCACGCUGUUCGGGACGGGGCUGAUCCGAGCCCACACGCCAGGGCAAAGCGUAACGGCAAGGCUAAAGCACAGCCAGAGUCGCCUAACGAGACGUCAGUGAGCGGCAUUGCGCAGAAAGGCCAACGGUUGGAGUGGUCACCCAAGGAGUCGACCGUUCUCGUGGCCGCGCGGUGGUUUACGAAGGACGAGCUGCAACAGAUGACGGGCAAGCAGGGGUCGCAGUAUUGGCUCCGGCUAAUCGAGCGUAUCAAACUGCAACACCCUGAUUGGAGUCGGAACGCCUUAGCAUGCACUAACCAGUGGAAGCGGUUGAAGGCGUUGUGGAAGCAAAUCGACAAGGGCGACUCCGCUUCGGGUGGGGGGACGGUGAUUAAGCCACCGUGGUGGGAGUGGAUGGUGCUUUUUUAUAAGGAUACGGCAGCUGCAGAGCCUCACGCCCUUGACGGCGGCGGUGCGGUUAAGGUCAAUGUUGACCCGGGUGUGAAAGUCGUCACGCCCUCGAAGACCGAUGCUACGGGCACCACGGAAGUGCGUCGCACCCCACCUAGUGCUCGUCGUAGGGUCCACGAGACGGCAACCAUGGCGGUCGCCCAGCUCUUAUCCGACACUCUCAAGCAGUGCUCGGCUGAUGGCGUGGCGCAGAUAACUGGGGUGAUUCGGGAGUGGAUGGCGACGCAGCAGUCGCAGACCAGUCGCCCCCUUCACUUCUCGGGAUCCCGCCACGGCGACGAUGACAGCUGGCAUUACAACCGUGAGGGCAGCGAGGGCAACACCAAUGCUGACCUCAGUGACGGGGUUGAAGAGUGGCGUCGCGGCGACGACGCUUAA